CAAAGUGAGAAUGUUCCAUCAGCUGCUGCUGUUUUGGUUGCUAUUUGUUGUAUGACAUUUCUACUCAUUUUUCAUAUAAUCUACAUAGUCGCCACUUGCUAUAGUUGCUAGUGUUUUGUUAUAUUCGUCAUCAUAAUUUUUUAUUGUUGAUAUCGUUGGUUCCUCUGUGUAACUCUAUGUGAUUGAUUUGUGUCGACAUUUUUUAAACAUUCUUUUUGCAGUUAUUUGAAUAACAAUGUCUGAUUUGAAAUCAUUGGAACAUCCGACAUUAAAGGUAUAUAUCGCCAUGAUAAAUAUAAUGUGUGAUGUUUAUUUUAAAACGUUCCAUACGAAGUUCUUAAUAAGAAAUUUCGAACUACACAAAAAACACUAGACAGAGAAGUUUCACAUUUUCAAAACGCUGUACAGGAAUUUGAACGUGAUAUCUCAUCAGAUGUUGCAAUGACCGACACUUCUCAUAUUUCCUCGUUACUUAGUGGUAUGGUUGAAAAACUGAAAGUGCUCAAAAGAAAGGCUGAUGAAGGUAUAAAUGAUGAACUGCAAGCUGGUUUGGUAUGCAAAAAACGUUUGGAACACUUGAAAGAACAUAAUUCACCUUGUGAAGCUAUUGUAAAAAAUUGGCGUCGUCGUCGGUUGGAUCGGAUGUUAGUGGAAUACUUUUUACGCUGUGGAUAUUAUAACUCUGCCAAUAAACUUGCUAAUAAUUCAGAUCUUAACGAGCUUACUAAUAUAGAUUUAUUCAUGAUAUCAAAGGAAGUUGAACAUUCAUUGGCAAAUCACGAAACAUCAAAAUGUUUAGCAUGGUGUCACGACAAUAGGUCAAAAUUACGUAAAUUACGUUCAACUAUGGAAUUCAAUUUACGAAUACAAGAAUUUAUAGAACUUGUGCGUCAAGACAAACGUCUUGAUGCUGUUCGACAUGCUAGAAAGCAUAUAUCAACAUUCGAAGAUACCCGUAUGGAUGAAGUACAACAGUGCAUGGUUUUACUGGCUUUUCCCACUGAUACUGAAAUAUCACCUUAUAAAGAAAUGUUUGAUGAGACCCGUUGGCAACGGUUAAUUGAACAGUUUCGUCAAGAAAAUUACAAUUUAUAUCAAUUAUCAUCACAGUCAGUAUUUACUGUUGUAUUACAAGCUGGAUUGUCUGCUCUAAAAACUCCUCAGUGUUAUAGUGAAAUUAAAGAAGCUCGGAAUGUAAGCUGCCCAGUUUGUCAAGAAUGGUUUAAUACUCUAGCAAAACCAUUACCUUUUGCACAUUGUAGUCAGUCUCGACUGUUUUGUUCAAUAUCAGGACUUCCAUUGAAUGAACAUAAUAUACCUAUGGUAUUACCAAAUGGAUACGUUUAUGGAGAACAGGCUUUGGUAGAGAUGUCGAAUCAAAAUAAUGGACAAGUCAUUUGCCCCAAGACCAAAGAAGUGUAUUGGUUAAAACAAGCAGAAAAAGUUUACGUAAUGUAAUAAUAAUAAUCUAAGAUUUUAACUUACACUAUGUGCCAUUUGCUAUUUUCUUUUUUUUUAUUGUUAAACAUUGACCUAUCUUGCAUAGUAACUCAUUUCUUCAAGACAAAUUUCUUAUAAUGUAUGUACCUUUAUAAUAUGUAUAAUAUUAAUUUCUUUAUACAUCAAAAUUAAAUUUGCUGUUUCCAAUAUUAAAAACUGUAUAUUUGAUUAUUCAAUAAAAUGAUAUUAUUUUACAUUAAAUAAUACACAACUUAUAACAACUUAGAAUAUCUGGACAAGAUGUAA